AUGGCUAUCCCACAAAGACAAACUCCCCCAAUUGAGGAGCUGCGUAGAUUUUACGUCGGCAAGAAUGUCAACGACGUUCCCAAACCCGCAGUCAUUCUUGACAAGGCUAGGAUCGGCCGCCAUUGCCAGACCAUGUUGGACUCUGUUGAUGCGCUGGGCCUGGGAUUCCGUGCCCACGUCAAAACUCACAAGACGAUUGAAGCCGCUCGUCUUCAAUUCGGCCAAGGCAACCGUGACGUAAAGCUCAUCGUGUCCACACUGGCUGAGAUCGACCACCUUCUACCCUUGCUCAAAGAAUACAGGGAGUCAGGCCGUCGACUCGACAUCCUUUACGGUUUGCCGCUUCCUCGCUCCCAGAUCCCACGCUUGGCAGCCUUGGGCACAGAGUUGGGCCCAGGCAGUAUCUCUGUUCUUAUUGACCACCCAUCGCAACUUCAAUCCGUCAAAGCCUUUUCCCAGCAUGCCAAAUUUCCUGCAAGGGUGUUUCUUAAGGUUGAUACAGGCUAUCACCGCGCAGGGCUACCACCUUCCUCACUAAACAAGAAUGGCCUAAUUGAAUCCCUUGCACAGCUCGAGGCGAGUGGAGAGGCUGAGCUGUUAGGGCUAUACUCCCACAGUAGUCUUAGCUACAAGGACUCGACUGCAGAGCAAGCCAUGGCGAAUCUGGAGGGUGAGAUCCAAGGGUGUCUUGAUGCUGUCAAUGCUCAAGCACACUUGUUCGCAAAGGAUAAAGAUAUUGUCAUCAGUGUCGGUGCAUCCCCUCAAGUCACGGCUGCUGAGAACCUGGUUACUUCAGAUGGGGACCUAUCGCCUGCAGCUGAGUCUUUGCGGAAAGCCAUCGAGGCCGUUACUGCUGGCCAGCCUGGAGGUUUUAAGACCAAGCUUGAGCUUCACGCCGGUGUUUACUCCAUUCUCGACAUGCAGCAAAUCUCCACCAAGUCGAGAAGACAUAUGGGCUCGCACGAAGACGAAAUUGCCAUUUCCGUCAUUGCAGAAGUGUGCAGCGUAUACAACGAUAACGAGCGAGCUCAGGCGGAAGGUUUGGUGGCUGUUGGUACACUUGGCUUAGGUCGGGAACCUUGUGAAGCUUACUCGGGCUGGGGAGUGGUAAGCCAAAAGUCUUACAAGGCUGAGACGAACAAUACGAGACGCUUGAUCAUCGACAGAAUAAGCCAAGAGCAUUCCAUCGUGGCUUGGGAGCACACCGAAGACGAGGACACUACUAAAAUACCGCCUGUGCCGCUGGAAGUUGGACAAGAUGUCAUAAUCUUUCCGAAUCAUGCUUGUGUUACUGGGGCUUUGUAUGGAUGGUACCUUGUCGUCGACUCGUCUGAAGGGGAUGCCCAAAACAUUGUUGAUGUCUGGGUACGAGCUAGUGGAUGGUAA